CCGCCCAGUCCCGCCUUUCCGGCUCCGCCGGGUGCCGGAAGCGGAGCGCGGAGCCGGCGCGGCCAUGGCGCCCAAGGGGAAGGCGGGCACCAAGGGCAAGAAGCAGAUCUUCGAGGAGAACCGGGAGACGCUGCGCUUCUACCUCCGCAUCAUCCUGGGGGCCUCCGCCGUCUAUGCCGUGGUGAACCUGGUCAUCUUCCACCCCGCGGCCUCUGCCUGGACAUGGCUGCCUGGUCUACGGGACCAGCUACCGCUCCAUGACCUCGAUGGCCAAGCCGUCCUUCUCGGACGACGGCAGCCUCGCCGACGGGGGAAUCGACCUGAAUAUGGAGCAGGGGAUGGCAGAGUGAGUGUCCACACCCGCACGAGUCCAGCUCCUCUCGCCUCCUCAGCCUUUUCUGCCCCCUGUGCUCUGCAUUCCUGCUGUCUGCAGAGUUUCCCUGCCUCGUGGUCUUGGUGGUGCUGUAACCCUCCUUUCCUUGGUCAAGGAACACACACCAGUAAUUCCUGCAAGGCACCUCAAGGAUGUCAUCCUGCUGACAGCCAUGGUCCAGGUGCUCAGCUGCUUCUCACUCUAUGUCUGGUACUUCUGGCUCUUGGCUCCGGGCCGUGCUCUCUACCUGCUGUGGGUGAACAUCCUGGGGCCCUGGCUCACGGCCGAGGCCUCGCCCGCCGCGCAGGAGCCCAGCGAGAAGAAGCAGCGGCGCCAGGAGCGGCGCCAGAUGAAACGCUUCUAGCCCUGCCCCGGGGAGGCAGGUGAAAGGCUGUUUCUCAUCUCCAUCCUGUUAUUCCAUCAGGGAGGCGACCAAAACCAAUCCCAAACUGUCUCGGUAGCUGCGUUACCCUCUGCCAUCGCUGCUGCGCCCAUGGGGAGGCAGCCAGAGACUUCC